AUGGAGAAAAAGUUCUUAUUCCUAUACAACAAGAAACAAUCUCGAUGGAUUGAUGUUACGAGCUGUUUUUUCGGUAUGCCAAUGCGUGUAUUGGAAAAUCAAACACUUCUUGACUUCAUGGAAAACACCGAUCGUCCAAGAGAAUAUCGCAUGAAUAUUUACGGCUACCGGCUAAGUCGAUUACUGAGUUAUCAUCUAAAUUUUAGAAUUCAAUUCGUAAUCGCUCAGGCGAUUUCGUUCGAGUCGAUAAAAACUAACGCAACACUCGGUACAAUCGGACAGCUGCAACAUAAUCUGGUGGAUUUCUCGGUGUCACCCAUGAGCUACCUGAAAGAUCGAAUGAGCCUGUAUCAACCAACCAUUGAAAUGAUGACAGCCAAGAUUGCAUGUAUUUUUAGGCAUCCCAAGAAGCAAAAUGGUGAAUCGACGUUUUUCAAACCCUUCGAAAAACACCUCUGGAUCGCCAUGGCAGCGCUUCUAGUCGGAUCAGUCAUAAUGCUCAUGACGGCUAGCUUCUUUCAUUUGAAAAAACAUUAUUCCUGGGAUACUGAAUAUUUCUUUGGCCUUCUGGGUUUUUUCCUCCAGCAAAGUUUUUCCGGAACGUUUGCAACAAGAUCACAACAGUUGACUGUUGUUUCAAUUCUGCUGUUUUGCAUUUUGAUUUACGAGUUUUACUGUUCGUUUAUUAUCAGCUAUAUUCUACUACCCACGCCGAAAACAAUCAAAACAUCACAACAGCUAUUGGAAAGCAGUUUGGAAGUUUCGAUCGAAGAUCUGAGCUACAACAAAUAUUUCUUAAGUGUAACAAGGGAUUUAACCCUGAUUGAAAUAUACCACAGGAAAAUUCUUCCUAACAAACAAGCAUUCGUCAAUGUUACAGAUGGAUUAGCUCUGGUCAAGAAAGGUGGACACGCAUUCAAUUGUGAUACAGGCUAUGCAUACACUUGGAUUCUUGACAUGCUUGAUGAUGAUGAAAUCUGUGAGCUGCAAGAGGUACAACUUUACCCACUGCUACCACUUCACGUCGUCAUGCCCAUUGGAAGCCCUCUGAGAAAGAUCUUCCGGGUAUCGCUGCAACGUUUUCUGGAAACUGGUCUCGCCCAAUAUCAUCUUAACAAAAUUCGAACAGAAAAACCACGCUGCCAGGCCAAAAGCUUUUCGGCCGCACAAGUGGUUUUUGAAGAAAUUCAGAGCUUGUGUUGGAUUCUAGGGCUCGCGAUUUGUGCUACGGGAUUAAUCUUGAUCAUGGAAAUUUCGGUGAACUCCCUCACAAAAUGCGUUCAACGGAAAGUUUUCCGCCAGAAAGGAAUUGUAUGGGUAGAUUGA